AUGUCCGACACCUGGACCGAGAUCCAAGAACACAAGCGCCGUCAGGAAAGAUUUCGUGAUCGUCUUCAACGGCGAAUGAGGGAUCGCCAAGGAAGAGGUGUAGAAGACAAUGAUUCAUCAGGUGAUGUAAGGACUUGAGACGUCAGUUCUUGAUUUACACUCGAACCUCAGAGAGAAACUGAGAAAGGUUCAAGUUAGGAGAGUGUUUAUUUAUCGAGAGCGGAGAGCUGCGGAAAUUAGAGGGGUUGGGGGGGGGAGGGAUUGGUCUACUAUUAUUAUAUUUAUCCAGCAUGCACUAUAAUCAGAUUUAAUCACCGGAAACAAACAGGAAGAAACGUUGAAAGAACGAGGAUAUUAAAAGCAGAGCUUUAUAGAGAUGCAGGUGUACUUUACUGAAAUGAAUACUUUGUGAAAACUUGAUCCCCAAUUAAUUUGCACCCCCUCCUCCUCAGGAGUUUUGUCUCUGAUCCAGUUAAACAUGUACUCUUAUUGUCAAGAAGACUCCUUGAUUGCUUGUUCAUUUAUGUUUCAUGGCCUAGUGUAUAUUUGGACACAAGAGAAAACUACUUAGCAGGAUUCUACGUUUUGUUUAGAUUAGAAUUACUGAGACCCUUUGUUGAUUUGUUAAAAGAUUUUAUCAAGGGUACUUGUAAGUUUGCUUUCUUGACUCAGAUAUAUGACCUGUCAAUUCCUUCCAGGGUUUAGAAAAUGAACCAAUGACACAAGUGUGAAAUUUAGUAUGCUUGUGCAACAAUUUUUCUUGUAAUUACAAAAAUUAUUACUUGAAAAGUUUAGAUCCUGAAUUUCUGCAAUACUAAGUACCUAUAUAUGCAAACAUUGCUGGUUAGAACAGAAAGAUUUGAAAAAGGGCUGUUUCAGUAAACUUAAAUUAAAAAUUAACAUUUUCACCUUACUAACUGCUUACUAUUUGUUUAUUAGGUACUGAUGCACCUCAACCAGAUAGAACAGAGUCCAUCCCAACAGAUCAGUCUUCUAGUGCAAAUAAACAGGCUGAUAAAGUUUUAAAAGUGGAUCCUUUGCUGGAAAACAAUCUUCUCGAGUGUCUGUGUGAUCCUUCCUUAACUUUCCCAAUAGAUUCUGUUCAACUGACAAAUUCUCUUUCCACGGAGGUAAGCAUUUCACUAGUCUUGUCCACAACUGAAGUGUUUCUAAAAUUUGGUCAAGCACCAUUAUAUUAUGUUUACCAAAGUUUGCUUAAAUAGUUCUUAAAGUGGUCACAUGAUUGUUUAAGUGUACAUGUACAAAUGUUUGUUUUGCCUUCUUGUCAAUCCCUCUGCUGUAAACCUAUCUUAAAUCUUCGAUCAACUGACCUCUGGCUGCUCUUUAUAAUUCAACUAUGUCCUCGGUUAACUUUUCUUCUUCCCUCAAGUGGGUAAAUUUUCUAAUCUUUUAAUGAAAAAAUGAACUAAGGUAAAAUUGAAAUCUGGUCAGACAAGCAAGGCAAUUUUCCAGAAGUAAUUACCUUUUUUCAAUUAAUUUUUUUAAUAAUUAGCUAAAAAAGGGUCAAAUUGGGAUGUAGAUCCAUUAAGAUUGUUAAAUUAUUUGCAGUGUUGGACUGGAAUCUUUUGAAAAAUCAGCAAAUCCUGUUUGAUUAUUUAUUUUUUAUCAUUUGCUGUGUUGAUAUAUUCAUUUCCUCUGUUAUGUAUAUAUUUUAAUUAGUAAUUUUCCACUACUACCUGAAACCAUGAGAACAUCAGCACACUUUAACAACUCAGGUGUAAAAUAGAAAUCCUUGCAAAGCAUUGUCUGAUCUCAAUUUACCAUUAACCCUUUUAGUCCCACUAGUGACCUAGACAGAAUUUCUCCUUACAUUAUCAGUAUGAUAUCAAGCAGAUGAGUGAUGAGAGUAACGAAAAAUAUCAAUUAGGGGAUUAUUGGUUGAUCCAAUUCCAUAUUCUCCAAACUAUCAUCACAUAAAUUGUAUAGCAUACAGUAAGGAGAAUUACUCGUGAAAUCUUGGGAGUUAAAGGGUUAAUGUCACACCACUGAAAAGAAAACCAAUUAAUAUACAGAUUUUUGUUUGUGGCAUUUCACUUUCUUUCUGUUCCAUUUUCUUAUAGUUAUAGGCUUUAAUCAGAAUUCUGUUUGGUCAUUUGCAUAGAUUAAAAAAACAAUUGGUCUUUUGCUAUAGAAUCAAAAAACAAAACUCACUGAUACAUGUAUGCUCGUAAUAAUUAAAAAGAGUAUUUUUCUUUCCUUUUGUACCCAAUAAAGGUCCCUGUAUUGAAAUUUCUGUCAGACUAUUAAGACAUGCUUCUUUCAUUCAUCAGACGUUAUUAAUGGGUUGACCUUUUCUUAGUUUCAUACUGUAAAUCAAGUUUGUCACCAAUGCCAGCUGAUGCUGUUGAUUGUCUAGUAAAUGAUAAAGCAAUGGAAACUAUCUUCCUGUGAAGAUAUACCGUAUGUGUAAAUGUACAUUAUAUUUAAUGUAAAUGUGCCAAGACAACAAAGCAUUGAAUUUGUUGAUCAUUUUCUUAGGCACUGAAAAUAUGUUUUUGUUUUCCUUUGAUUUGGUGGCAAAGCAGGAUGAGAACAGUAUUUCCCACACAGCAGUAGAGAGCCUGCUUCACAAGUUUGCUGUUCAGGACUUUAUAAGGUUAAAGCUGUUACCUCAGUUCCUUCAUAAAAGACAUUGUUAUAUUGUUAUUGUUAUUGUUAUUGUUGAUACCUCAGCCAAUCAUAGUCUCAAAAUUACAUGUUAAUGAGACCAUAUACAACUCUUACAAAUCAUUUGGCAAGUGCAUAAUCUCAUAUAUAUUUUAAUCCUUACACACCACAUGAACCAGAUCAGUGAUUGGGAAUAGGAAUGAUCUUCCUGAAAUAUUUAAAAGUCAAUAUUGUUUAAAAGUACUCAUUAUGACAAUGAUGUCAGCCAUGGAUUGUGAUCGACAUCAUGGUUACUAUUCAUUUAAUUCUGACAUUUUAAGAUAAAGCUGAGCUGUGUGUUUUUGUUUUUUUUUCUUCAGCAUUAAACAUGGGACUUCACCUGAUGGAAACACUUGUACAAUAGUUACAACUACAAACCAUCUGAAGGUAUUUUGGAAUGAGGCUGUGCCAGUUAUAUUUGAUAAAUUGCACCACUAAGGGAAAACAACUCCUUUGAGGUUUAGGACAAUUUUCUCUGUCAUUGCCAGUUAAAAGUUUAUGUCCAUUUAAAAGGAAAACUGCCUUUUCCUACAAAGAGCUCUCAGCUGCACUGUGUUGCAGAUUAACAUAACUGCUAUUCUCACCUUCCUCCUUCUCCUUUGUCUCUUUCACUCUUUAGCCCUCAUUUAAACCCCUAAGAGUGACCAGCAUACAAUUUCUCCCUAGAAAAUAACCCCAUAUUUAAACAUUAAGAUCACAAGAAUUAAAGAAAUGAUCACCAACUGAAGAAGCGCUUGAUUGUUGCACAAAUUCUCCUUGUCAGCACCUAAGGAAAUGUAUAGAGAACAGUAUAGAGAAUGUGAAUACUGAUGUUAGGAUGUACAGGGUUAACAUUCCAUCACAGGUUUUCCAUUCUGUUUGAUUUGGUUGACUUCUUACUAUGAUUGUAACAAGAUCACAUUUUACUUGGCUUCACCUGAGUGAUGUAUGGGUAUCUGUAUAAUGUAAUCUGCCUUUCUUUAAUUCCUUUUUUCUCUUGUUUGUUUAACAUCUUGGUUUGGGAAAUUCUUUUGUUUUCUUACCAGAUAGAUGCUGUUCGUAGAAAUUUUCCCACCAAAGGUACUGUUUUUUUUAAUGAAUAAGUUUUUUUUUCUCUUUAUUACAUCCAUUUUGAAAUCACUUGUGAUCCUUGCAAUCUGAUUGGCACUCAACAAUGGGAUUUAUUCACAAAUUGCACCAUUUCAUGUUCUAAAUUGCUUUUUUUUUCUCAGCCAAUGAGACAGUUUUAUUAAAGCACAACAAUGAAUCAAAUUUCAAAGCUUGUUUAAAGAAAUCAAUCAAAUUGUGGGAAGAUGAAAGACAACUUUAAUUUGCAACUUUUUACAAACUAGUUCAAUAUACUGGAUCAAUAAAAUGUUUUUACAGUUUAAAAAAUAUUGUAUUAGGCAACUGAAUUUUGCAACUUCAAAUAAAUGUAAUUUAGUGGUAAUUGCACUUUGUGUUGUGCAAUUUUGGUUUGAAAUCAUACUUGUGAUUUCAGAUCAAACUCAUGCUGCUUGUUCAUUUGAUGUUGAAAUCAUGCAUAUGAUUUCAGACCAAAUUGCACUCCACUCAGUUUAAUUAUUAUUGUUUAUCAGUCUAUAUAUUUCUCUCGCUACAAAUGACAUGUGAAUCAUUUUGUUAUUUCUGUUGGUAUCUUUAACAAUUUAGUGAAAGAGGUGUAAUAAUGACCUUUUUGUCCAUACCAGCUAACUCUGUGUGCUGAGAGCUGAUUGGUGAUGAAGUGUACUUCCAAAAACUUAUUACACUACACAAAAUUAUUUUCCUUAUGGUUGAUUAAUGCAUUUUAUAUUGAUUCAUGAGCUGGUUAGUUUACAUCAUAAAGGAAGCUGAUUUUCUGAUUUUCCAUUUCUUUGUAGAAGAUAAAUCAAAUUCAAAGAAGAGGAAAAGAGAAAAGUAAGUUAAAAAUAUACCUGCUCAAACUUUAAAUUAUAUUGUUUGUAUCAACUUGUUAAUUUUAACAUACAAGUACCAUUGUCUGUCUGAAUUAUGAUUUAUUUCAUGUAUGUGUGACUCUCUGUUUGUUACAGGCAAUGAUUUCAUGAUGCUGGCCUUUUUUUUUUAAUCUCAUCACUUAUGACUUUGAAUAUUUUAUUUGAUUUUUGACAUUAUUAUGAUUACUUUGUCACAGGCCCUUUCAUCCCAGAUUUACUUACAGCUGAUUUAUGGAAAACCAAGCAGGAAAAAAUACUCAACCCCUCUGACUGUUUUUUUUUUCUCUUCUUAGUGAUUCCAGCAAUCCAGUGUCAUCACCAAUCAUUGCACAAACAAAACCAAGAAUUGAAUCAGCUGAUGACCUUGAGGUAAGACUAGUGUUUUAGCUUAAAUAAGGCAGUAAAAUUGACUUUUGAUAAUGAACUGUCCCUUGAAUCAGUCUCUGUAAGUAUACUGUAUCAUCUAUGGUUUUGGGAGUCUAGAGUGUCAAUUAUUCCUAGUUUCAAUUCUUUUAUGCUGCCUCAUUUUGUAUUGAAUCACAACACCAAAUAAAAAUUUUGGUAUGCAAUAAGGAAACAAGAUUUAAUUUGCAAGAGAUUUCCCAGACAUGUGGUAAAUUUUGGAGUGAAACUGCCACCAUUGGCCAUUCAGAAAAGUAGAUUAAUUUUUAAACUUUGAUUUAUGCUAAUAGAUUCAGAUUUCAAAUUAUUGAAUCAUGAAUUGAGUCUACGAGUAUAAGCUUCUCAUAUUUUACUCUAGCUUACAUAUGAAUACUCGAGUCUUAGAAAUGCAAGCCGUUCCUUUUAUUUUGUAUUAUUUGUUUGUUAACCCUUAAACUCCCAUAUCAAAUUUGUAAUUCUCCCUACUAUCAACCAUACAAUUCUUAUAAUGUUAGUUCUGAGGAUUUAGUAUUGGGUCAACUAAUUAUCCCCAAAUUGAUAUUUUUCUUUAUUCUCGUCACUUAUCUGGUUGAUAUUAUGUUAAUAUUGUAAGGAGAAAUUCUGUCUUGGUCACUCAUAGGAGUUAAAGGGUUAAAUCUGCAGUCAACCAUUCAACCAACUUACCUCACUUGAGUUUUAUCACAUCAGUAACAGACAAUAACAUUACUGCAAAACUGGCCAAUCAGUUUAUAUGAAUCAGACUUAAAACAUUUGACUGACAACAACUGUUCACUUGACAAUGAUGACGACCUCUGCUCAGGUUGUUGAAACAUCAGUUACUGCUAUGAGCAACAGUCCUUUUUUGGACUACACCCAUCCAGACAAUUAGACUACACUAUUACAAAGAGGUUUCAUUUACUUGCAUGCAGACAAAAAGUGUUUUUGACAUCAACUUGUGUCAGCAUCACAUUUUUGUGGACCUGUGUUGCAGUCUUAUAAACUCAUUUGAAAAGUGAUAAAUUUUUGGAUUAAUCAAUAAUUGGUUUGAACUGCUCAUAGAGGUAUACCAACUUGCAUAGAAAAAAGUCGCUCAUUUAUUCCACAACAAGUCCCAAAGGAAGCUAGCGCUUCGGUGGAGAUGACCUCUCUUUCCAUAUAAACAUUCCUGAUACUGACCCCUAUUAUUUUCAUCUUUGUGGAUAUCACUUUGUUCCCCUUGAAUUGUUGUUUUGUGUAAUAGGGUUACUUUGUUUUUCGGUGGUCAAUUUUCUUGUAACAAUUUGAUAUUUCUCCUUUUUUCCAUUUUCAGAGUCUCCUAUCAAUGCCAACCAUGAAAGAGAUGGAAGUAAGAAAUUAUGAUAUGCCUCUUUGUCUCACUCAAUCAAAGUAAUUUUUGUUGACUGUUAAAUAACAUAACAAUUUGUGGUGUGUGUGUUUUUUUUUGUUUGUUUUUACUGCAUUGAGACCAACCUUCUGGAGAUCAAACUUGGAUAAUUUACAAGCAGGUUCCAGCACCAGGAAAGAAAAAAUCAUUCAUAACAAUUAACCUAGAAAUACUUGUAGCUUUUUUUAUGUCUUUGUAUUUUUAACUGAAGUUAUCUUGCAAACACAAUUGAAAGAUUGAAAAUAUGUGGGCAAUGUUUGAUAUUUCCUACUUUUUUCAUAUACCUUUGAAUUUGGUCUUUCUGUGUAGAGUAAAAAAGUUGGAGAAGAAAUUUUGGAUCUUCUGAAUGUACCUUCACAUAAGGUAAGGGAAUAGAGGCAGACUGUCAUCUGCUUUAAAAAAAAAACUUUGAAAACGAUGUAGGUAAGAGUCAUGUCUUGCUCUUCUUAAACAAUAUUAAAACACACCUUUCAUUGUGCCUGAUUAAUAUUGAGCAUCCAUCAUUUGUAUACCAGUCAAGUAGCACCUUUAAAAUUGGCUCACCAUGGAACAUCCUAAAAGCUACUUGUGUUUUAUUGUUAUGCACACAAAUCUUUAGAAAAGUCAGUCAACUAGUAAAAUCAAAGUGUCAAGUCAGAUAUUCUGUAGUUUACCACAAGAAAGUGAGGAUACUGUGAGCAACAGAAUUAAUGAAUAUAUGUGAAGACUUAAUUGUGAAUGGUUGUGAGCUACAGUGUAUACCAGUCGUGACCUUGGCAACAUUGUCUUUUAAAUUUUUACAAAAUGUUUAUAGCUUAAACUUCAUAACACAAAAUGCAAAAAUGCACAACUAGUGAAACUUUUGUUAACAGAUAUGUUACCCAAAAAAAUCUGAACAAAGUAUAGAAAACAUCAAAUUGUCUUUCAAUGAAAGUUGAUAAAAAUUAAGUUGUUGAAGGGUUCCAAAAACAAAAUCUGUAGUAAAUUGAGGCCUUUAUUUAAGAGCUCAGUACAUUUAUUUUGCUCAAAUCAUUGAGUAUGCAAUGAGUGGUAAAGUGUUGGUAUGCUCUAAUAAUUUUGAAUUUUUUCCUAUUUAAAUUAUGUUCAUUUAUCUCCCCCUCCCCCAUUUCAAUGUUACAUGGUGGUACAAAAUGGUCACAUAUAUCUGACAAAAUUGUUAGGGAGAAGGAGGGACUGGAGAGUAACUUGUUAGAGAUGAAUUACAAGAUUUUUCUUCAUUAUGUUGAGUGUAGGAUUGUUGAUCACUAGGUAAGUAAGGCGUACUAUCUUCUUUUGCCACUCAUUGUAGGUUUUGAGCACUGAAAAUCCUUUUUUCCUUUUCCAUUGGCAACUUUCUGAAAGAGAUGAAAGCAAUAAUUACCUAGAUCGCUUUAAUCUAGUUGUGAGUAAAGGUUGUAAAUUCUUAAAUAUUGCAGGAACAAUCUACAGUUGAAAAGUUCAAGUCUCAAGGGGGAGCAUUUGUGCAUGAGUUCUGCGAUCAUGGAACAAGAGAAGACUGCAGGAAGAACAACCCCAGAGGUCAACCUUGUAGGAAGGUGAGUUUUUAAUGUUGUGUGCCAUUUUUUUUCUUAUUUCUUGCCUUUUUACCAACGUGCCAAUAUCUCUCAUUACUAGGUUCAUUUUCGAAAAAUUAUUCAGAAGCAUACAGAUGGUAAGUCCACUUGUUAUCAAGACUAAACUUUUUUUGAAAAAUUAUUUUGUGUGUAAGUUACAUUGUCAGAAGAGAAAGAGUUUGAAUAUAACUUUUGUUUACUUAGAAUCCCUUGGAGAUUGUUCAUUUCUCAACACAUGUUUUCAUAUGGAUACUUGCAAGGUGAGUCUUUCCUGGAUAACUGGCAAUACUUUGAGUUGUUAAUUUGAAAAAAAGUCAAGCUUGAGGGUAGUAAAUUUGAAUAUAAAUUGCUUUAAGGGUCAAUGCCUUUAACCUGGGAGUACCAUUUAAUCAUGUAGUCUCUUCAUCUGGGCAAGUGUUCUCUUGAAAAGGGCUUGUCAGUAGUAGUGACUGACAUGUCAACAAACUGAGUGGAAGUUAUCAUCACAGGCAAAUAAGGAGUUGUCUUUUGGCUUCAGUGGUAUGAGUGUGGUUCAUGAGAUCACUUUGGUCAGUGACCCAAAACUGAAUGAGCUUUAAUAUCCAGCACCACAUGCACACAAGGGAUAUAACUAAUUGCACUUCAUCCAUUUGACAAGGCUUUCUGACGAUAUUUUAACACCCUUUGAAAUUUUGAUUGGGAGAGAUGAAGGCACAGUAAAAGAAGUGUGUCUUUUUCCGAAGAACACAUUGCCUGUGAUCUUGCAGGCCUGUAGGGUUUAAUUUGAGCCUCAUGCACUGAGUCUAUGUUCUUUUUCCUUUUCUCUUUGGAUGGGAUUGAAGCCCCUUUCAUGCUUUUCUAUUUCAACUUGUUGUUUUUUUUUUUUUUUUUUUUUUUUAAGAAAACUUUUUUGUCUUUGUUAGUAUGUUCAUUACAAGGUUGAUUACAGUGAUGUUGAGUUGAAUAAGGAAGAGAAAGAAAAAGACAAGAGAAAAGAAGAAAAGGUAUGCUUGGUUUACCACUUUGUUCAUUGGCUUUCACAUCACUGAACAAUCUUGGUUACAAAUAACACUAAACCAUAGAAUUUCGAGGAAAGAAAUGUGGAAGAAAUCAGUGAAGGAAAAGUUCUACCAAACAUUUACAUUGAGAGCAAGAUGAAUUGUGGGUCCUACUUUUAACAAAUAAAUGAUACAGAGGUAAAUGAUAUCUUCCAACCUGCAAAUGAUAAACAGGAAGUAAUCCUCUCAAGUGAGCAUUGAUUAAAAUUAAAGAAAUUUCAGAAAAGAAUCCUGAAGAAAUUUAGGCUUUGAUGGGAUUGGAACCCAUGCCUCUCAGAUAGUUUGUUGUUGAGUUACAAAGCCACCCGUUAGGGGGUGGGGGGGGAGGCUUUAGUAGGUUCUUCUUUCCUGCAAUGGAAUCUGAUUACAAUUUUCUUUGAAGAGUGAAAAUGUGAACAAUGGAGAUAUAUGUAAUUAUUAUUAAUUAAACAAUUAACUAUUGAAUAGAAUAAGUGACAAAAUGACUUUUUUUUUAAUGCCUUUUUUUCCUUCCUUUGUAACCAAUAAUUCGUUUAUUCGGUUUUUUUUUUUCAUUGGAGGCAUCUUUAACAAAAACCGCAGAGGAAGAAAACCGAGUGAUACUCUAUCCACCUCAGGUAAGAGGGAUGUCUUUUGUUGUGUCACCUGCAUUGUGAGAUAUAAUGAAUUCUUCAGAACAUCAUUUAUUUGAAUGAUCUGUCAGAGUGAAUUGCUGAAAUGAAAAUAGGGUCGGUAACCAGGUGUAGACGCAUUUUGCUGAGUAGUUUGUCACAGGUUCAUCUUGUCAAAACAUCUGGUCUCGUACGCUGUAAAUCAAGUAAUUAACUGAGCGGAAUUUGGCUCUAAAACUGCAAAGUUUUCCUACGACAUAAACAAUCCCGUUGAUUUGCAUGCUUAGUAAAGGUGUCCACUGAAUGCAGGUUAUAGUCACAUGUAAUUUGGAAAGACAAAACUGAGACAUUAAUUAGUGUUGGCCCGUUUAUGACAGGUUUUGUGGAUGACGAAGCCUGGGUUUGAAUAAAUGGCUUCCGUAGCCUCUAUACCUUCUUUCACGAGCUAUAUUACGUUUAAGCUUGGGCCUUGUCCAGGCGGAGCUUGGUUUUAUGAUAAAUUAAUCAAAUGAGUUGAAUCAUUCUUUGGAAUACGAGGAUGUUUACGUAAUUGCAAAUUCCUUGCACUAAUUUUCCAAGACUAGUGGUGUGUUUUCUUUAUUUUAGUGGAUUCAGUGUGACAUGAGGUAUUUUGAUAUGACGGUGCUGGGCAAAUUCUCUGUGGUCAUGGCCGAUCCUCCUUGGGAUAUACACAUGGAGGUACAUGCCGUAUUUCAUUUGUCCUUUUUUUCUGGUUAUCCACUCGUUUGAAAUCACUGUGACCUCUGUAACUUUAAAGAAAGAGUAUAAAUAUCUAGUUACAGUGAUUUGGACUUGGACAUAAAAACAUAAAACGACAUUUUUCAUCUCAUACGCAUUCACAUGUAUGUUCCAAGACACACACGCAUAUGUCCUGCUUUCCAUGCAGACCGUUGAGUAGUAAAGCAUUUUCUGGGUGAAUUUAAAAGGCAAAAGAUUUGCUAGGAGGCAAUUCAGCCCGCUAUGAUCGCAAACGUUGGGUUACCACCAACAAAAUCGGACAUUCCAUUCCUUGGAUUUUCGUUUUCUGAAUUGAUGAUCGUGUUUCUUGUUUUAAAUGAGUGAGACUUUUUAAGGCUCGGAUGGGUAACAGUUUUUUUUGUUUUUCUAGUUACCGUAUGGUACUAUGUCAGACGAGGAAAUGCGCAAGCUAGACGUUCCCUCCCUUCAAGACGAAGGAUACAUAUUCCUUUGGGUGACUGGUCGGUCAGUACAGAGUUUUUACUGCUUCGUUACUUUAUAAAAAAAAAAAGUUAGACAAAUUUUCCCUGAACUUUAUCAUAACUAAUUUCUAUUGCGGAAGUCUUGUGAAUAGGGGUUCGUUUUUGCUUAGAUUCGUCAAAAUUUUUGAGCAAAAUUACUCCAUGGAUUAAAGGCAGCUGUAAACAGUCAAAUGUUUCUUGUUUUGUCGGCGAAAGUAAAGUUCCGCUCAUUUCCAAGUGUAUCGGAGUGCGGUUUAUAACACUGUGACUCAAACAAGUACUUUAUGUUGUUGUAUUGUAGUGCGAUGGAACUUGGUCGAGAAUGUUUAAAGCUUUGGGGGUAAGUAUUUCAGUGAAUGAGCUCAUUUUUACGUCCACUACACGAUGGUGGCCAAUUACGGUUUUUGAGCCAUUUUUUUGCUCCGGCUAAUUUGCUUAGUUUGAGAAUCAACUCGACACUCAGUGUUAUUAGUGAGUUUUUGCAAUGAGAAUGAAGCACCGCUCUUUUAUACAUGGCUUAAAAACAGUGUUCAGUAAGCAGCAGAGGUUAAGCUGUAGCAAAACCUAGUUUUGGUUUGUGCAAUUUAUUUUAUCAAUAAAGUUUACUUCUGUAACAUAGUGUUACUUGUAACGAAGAAUGUUGGGAAUAUAGUUUAAAAUACGGCUCCCUCAGGGUGUUUUCAGCCAUCCUGAAACAUUAUCAGUUUAUUACAAAAUUUUUAUGCGUUUUCUUCCACAUACUACCUGGUAAAAGUUGUUUUUGUAGCUUUGGUUUUUGGAGACCUACUUUGGUUGUAUUGCUAAAAAUCCUCACAGAGAAGUUACUGAAGUUGUUUUAUUUUAUUCAAUAGUUAUGCGGGCUGCGACGAGUUAAUCUGGGUGAAAACAAACCAGCUACAGCGCCUGAUUAGAACGGGAAGAACUGGGCACUGGCUUAAUCACGGGAAAGAGCACUGUUUGGUAACUUUUAAAUCUUUGUAUUUACAUUCAAUUGAUCUUUAUCUUUGUCAUAACCAAAUGCAUUGUCGUUCUUCAGGUUGGCGUGAAGGGAGAGUGUAAAAACUUUAACAGAGGUUUGGACUGUGAUGUGCUUGUUGCUGAGGUUUGUUCACUAAUUGACUCUUCCAAGCAAGGCUGACUUUAUCUCCUUGCGUCUCUUUACCUUCUGAAAAAUAUAAAACCUUUGCAAUUCUAUUUACUUUUGGUAACAAAAAAAAACCUUAGCGAUGGUUGAAACAACCAGACAGACAAACAAACCAGGAGACAGAAAAAUAUGAACAAAAUAGACAAGUAUAGCCGUGCGCUAUGAAUCAACAAUCAAUUUUAAUUUAUAGUUAAAAUUCAUUGUCUCCUUCACUUAAAUUGUGCAAUUUUUUGAUGAAUUAUUCGAUUUUCGUUCUGUAGACAGUUGUCAUCAUUUUUACAUUGCUUACAGGGCAGUUGGAUGUAUUUUGCAGGUGAGACAGACAAGUCACAAACCAGAUGAAAUCUACGGAGUGAUUGAACGGUUAGCACCCGGAACGCGGAAGAUAGGUAGGUAUUUUUUGCCUUCUCAUCAUCAAUGUUUUAUUUUAACAUCAAGAAGAAUCAAGAUUUCCCUCGCAUCUCGCGCAUGAAAUACCUUCGCUGCGUGUAAUGAACACACUGUUCUACGUAUACCAAAUAAGAAGAUAAAAAUGAUAUCAAGGUAACCGGGUAUAUGCAAAUGAUAUUUGUGCAUUUUAGGGCCUGUCUACAUGGAUGUGGAAGCCCCCAGGUCGGUGAGGUAACCUGCCUAACUGUGGUCGAAAAAUAGCCCGCGUUUACAUACAAUCUUACAACCCCGGAAUCCCGGGGUGAAGUUUCUCGAGGUUGUUAUCGCACUUGUAGUUAAGGAGUUUAAGAUGUCACUACGGCGACGUGUGGUAAAACGUUGCCGAAAAAAAACUAAUUUAUUUUCCUCUAAGUUUUCCGCCAAUAGUUAGAUGCGUUAACCGUUUCUAACGGUACAACGUCUUCACCUCGGCAUAACAUGUGAAUGUACUGUUGAGUUAAAAGUAAAAGUAUGACUAAAUUGCUGUCGGGGUUUUAUUACUAAGAGGAAGUAAAAAAAAUGGUGUUUUAACGUUUCAGCUCUCUAUGGGAUGGCUAGGAAAUGAACAAAGUUUAACACACUCGUGUUCCGCUAUUUUUUUGCUCAUUUGAUAUUUCUGUAACAUAAAUGCGACCCCGGCUAGGUGGGUCACCCCACCUAUCAUGGAAACGUGAUCAAGAUAAAAGAGGAGAUUAUAUGAGCUUGCGGGUUACCCCACCUAAGCGGGUUACCUCACCUACCUAAGGUCCACUACCAUGUAAACAAGCCCUUAAUAACGGCUCUCCAUCUUUUCUCGCAUUACUGAAGUUAAAUUCCAUUCUUUUAUGGCAUGUAAACAAACGUUAGAAGAUAACUUUGUUUAUUUUUGCGUGGAAAGUUUAAACAGAAUUUCCACGAGCCUGCGUCCCGGGAAUCACUCGGGGAUCUCUCACUCGAAGAUAAAUUCGUAUGCUCACACGGCCCUUUCUCAAUUUUUUUCCUUGUAGAACUCUUUGGAAGGCAGCACAACGUUCAACCAAACUGGUGAGAAAUGGUAGAAAUUGUUAUAAAGAUGAACGUUGGUGUCCUUUGCCGUUGAAGGCUAAAAACUCCAAGUGUUUGUUGUUUGAUUGACUUUAUUGGUUAAUCAGUCUUAGUAUAUAUCACACGAGUGAAGUGGCUAGUUCGGAAGUGAAGAGCAACUAGUACUCACCUCCGAGCAGCCGGUGAGAAAAAAUCGCGCGUCAAGAGUUUUAUUUCCAACCAUUUUUUGGUAACUGUGUGGUAUGUGCUAAAAACAGCUAUUCACUUCAGUGUUGGUGUAUAAUUUUUAAGUGUUGCCAUUACUGUAAUUGGUCGAGAUUUUAGUAUUUGUGAAAAAAGGUUUUGCUUUUGAUGUGUAAGUAAUACGUUCCCUCUCCACAGGAUAACCUUGGGUAAUCAACUGGACGGUGUUAGACUUUUAGAUCCUGAAGUCACAGCACGCUUCAAAAAACGCUAUCCUGACGGAAACGUACUCAAACCUCCCACCACUAAAGCCUGAUUCCUCUCGAGUUGCUUGACCGUAGACGCCUGUUCCAAUCAAAAUCUGCGCAGCAACUUCGUGAAGUAAAACAUGGUACUCCUCAGUAGCUGCAGAGAAGUUUCAGUCGGAUGAGCCGCUUUCCUAUUGUGAUAAAGAUAAGACGCCCGAGAAAGUUACAAUUGAAUCAGUUGGGCCGACAGGAUCGGGUGACACCUGUCCUGUUUUCUAUUUGUCCACUUGGAACUAGACAGAGUGUAAUCUGUGAAACAGUUUUCUCUGUCUCUUUUAAACCAUGCAGAAGAAGCGUGAACUUAGUUGGAGUCACGUGAAACAUUGAAUCUCUUUUCUCCCUUGAUGUUUACCUUAGCGUGACCCCAAAGUGGCUUCCGCUUUUUCUGCUUAGCCGAGGGGGAAAGAAGUCUGUUACGGAAGGCAAACAGCGUGAGUGGAUUAGACUGCUCAUGCACCAGCAUUAUUUGAUUCGUUUGUUGUUAUUCUGUAAUCCGUAAACAAAUAGUUUAUUUUUGUUUAGAUUAAUGUGCGUUUUACUCAGAUGACCUUGAAAAUAAAACGGGGC